AUGGCGGCUGCUCCGCCAGAGAGUUCAGUCCUCUCCCUCCUCAAUGGUAUCAGCCCUCGUCUGUCAGUCAAGGAACUCGAGGUUGUCCCUUCAGCUAGGUUACAACGCCUCUAUAAUGUUAAAGUCACAGAGGGCCCGAGUCUUUUACUGGCAUUGCCUCCACCUCCAGUUAUACGUCUGCUACGAUCUGAAAAGUCAACACUUGGUUCAGAAGCUGCUGUACUGAAGUGGCUUUCUUCUGAUCCUAGAGAAAGAAAGGUCUGCUCAAGUACUGUGACGAAUGAACCCAUGGGCAAAACCACUGGGUCGACGUUGGGUAGCGACGUUCCUGAUAAUACGUUGACCGGCUAUCUGCCUCUGCUCGUUAGGCAUGAGUCCCUUGCUGGCAUGUCGCCAGUUGAAUACAACCUUGUCCGACCACCACGAGGUACAGCCAUACCCGUCCUCUCUAAAUCUUUAAGUUCCAGCGAACGAAGGGUUCUGGACUUCCAAAGCGGCCAACUUCUCCGUCGGAUAGCCAAUCAGGUUUCACCAACGAGAAAAUUCGGUAUUGCUGCUGAUGUACUCUCGGUCCCUCCCUCAGUUGUUCAUCACCCACCGCUACGUUUUGAGGGAAGCUUGAGCGAGUCAAAGGGCGCUGAUUCAUGGAGAGUAGCGUUUCAUAGCUUGAUGGAAUCUGUCCUUCGUGACGGUGAGGACUUGACCAUUAUGCUCAACUACAAGAACAUACGACAUCAGUUUGCUCGCUUUGCACAUCUACUCGACGCGGUAACAAAGCCUCGGCUAGUUGUCAUAGAUGCCGGAGAAGACUCGAACACAUUAGUGCACCGUACCUGCGAAACUUCAAAGAAAUUCAAAACGCCUGCUGAGGAGAUGGAAGGGGUGCCGGAGUCGAAAUUAGCACGAGGAAGUUCCAGAAAAUCGGACCUGGUGAGGAAGAGGCGAUCAGACUACAGAAUAGUCGUUCAAGACGAUACCAAUGGAAAAGAAGAUCGUGCAAUUACCGAGGAGCCAGUAGCGAAGCAAAUCGAGCUAACGGGAUUACGACAAUGGAGCAACUGCAUCUUUGGCGAUCCCCUCAUAGCCUCUGUCUUUAGCAAGACACCGUCGCCCUCGGUCGACUUCUGGCGAGGUUUCGAUAACCCGAUACCAGGCCAAGAAACCUCUUUGCCUAACAUCAUCGAAGAUAAGGAAAACGCACAUAUCCGAAUCCUCCUAUACGAAUGCUAUCACGCGUUGGUAGAUCUUGUGGGAGAAUAUUAUAGGCCGCAGAAUGAUAGCAGUAUGAAAGAACUCGCGGCGCGAAAACACCUUGCCAGUGUGCUAGGUCAGCUAGAAGAGCUUGACGAUAUGGACCGGCAGCGGCGUAGACGCCCCAGUGGUGAGAUGUCGCCUGCAAAGAGGCCGCGGUCUGGCCAGGAGAGUGAGGGGGAUAGUGAAUCAUGA